UGUCACCUAAGCAGUGCCGAGCUCAUUGCCGGAGCCAUGAACGCCGAGGAUCAGUACUACCCUCCUGCCCAGCUGUACAAGGACUCCUGUGCCUUCCAGAGGGCUCAGGACUACAGCCCCAGCCCCCCCGCCUGCCUCUACAUGGGACGACAACAAGCUGCCACCUACACCAACCCUAUGAUUGCCCUGGAUCCAGGGAGCCCCCCAGACAUCUCCCCCUAUGAGGUGCCACCCAUACCAGAGGAGCCGGGGGUGCCCCAUCUUCAUCACCACCAUCAUCACCACCCAGGAAUGCAUCACCCCCACCAACAAGUCAUACCCUACCCUGAGGACACGGACCCUGGACUCCUAGACGAGAGGAGCCGGACCAUACUACCCUUUCCUUGGAUGAAAUCCACCAAAUCACAUGCAUGGAAGGGCCAGUGGGCAGGAGGCUCUUAUAUGAUGGAACAUGAAGAGAAUAAGAGGACAAGGACAGCAUACACAAGGGCUCAGCUCCUAGAGCUGGAAAAGGAGUUCCUUUUUAAUAAAUACAUCUCUAGACCUCGAAGAGUUGAGUUGGCCGUCAUGCUAAACCUGACCGAAAGACACAUAAAGAUCUGGUUCCAGAAUCGCAGAAUGAAGUGGAAGAAGGAAGAAGACAAGAAGAAAGGACGGGGAAGUGACCCAGAACAAGACUCUGUGGUGUCUUCUGGAGAUAUUAUAAAAGAUGAUUCUCAGUGCAGGGGCAACACACAGCCCUCCCGGGACUUGGUGCUUUCACCUCCUUUGCCAACCUCAUCGUCCCCGCACGUUCAUUCGAUGUCUUCUACUGGAUCUCUCAGACAAGCUGAAAAACUAUAGAUGUAAUGCAUUUCAAUGAAAUGUAACUGAAGUAUUAUUGUUGGGUAUGGAAUGAACCCUACUGGACUUGUCCACAAGAUCUACAUGUGAACUAAGCUUUGAGUAGUUAUUGAAAGGACAUUGUAUUUAAUGCAAUACGUGUGUCAGUAUGCUUAUGUAAGAAAAACAAGGCCAUGUGUCACAUGAUCCAUUAUGAAAGUGUUCUUCAGCAGGAUGCAUAGCAUAGCAUAAAUAGAAAAGAUCUCUUGAGUUUAGGAAAAGUGUACCUAUAGACUUACGAUGAUUUUCACCCCUCCUAGAAAUCUUUGCAAGAACUGGUCGAUAAAAUAGAUUGAUAUAGUUACACAAAGGGGCACCAGCAGACUUCCCCUCCUUUUCAGUUGUACUGUAUUGGUGGCUUAUUUUAUUGGUUGUAUUUUUCAAUGCAUAAACAUGCCCUGGCCAGUAAUACACAUAAAUGCAAUGAUCAUUUGUGGAAACAUUUGUUUGGCGGUUGGAUAAUACUUCUGACUGCCAUUAAAUGUCAGCUAAAGAGCAUUCUGAGCUUUAGUAAUCAAUCAGCAAUAAUCUCUUAAUGUUCUGAUAAAAUCUGAUUGGUUGUUAAGGCUUUCUGUAUACUGAACAUCAUCAUUACUUUUUGAUCUGCCUUGUAUACAGGGCUGUACUGGGACAAAAAUGUGGCCCUGGACUUAAUCCAGACCGGCCCAGGGCACAACACAUCAGGGUACAGUGCACAUCA